CCCCCGCAACUCCAACUUCACACUUCGAUCUACAGAUCUCCCACCUCACAUCUCACUCGGCUCACUCCCGAUCUGGAACAUCACACACAUCCACAAUGGCCAACGUUGACGUCCCGCGAACUCAAAAGGCCUUUGUGCCUCUAGAGAACAACCCGGAAGUAAUGUCCCACCUAGUGCAUCAACUAGGCCUCCCCCCAACAAUCGGCUUCACGGACGUCUUCUCAAUCGACGAGCCAGACCUCCUAGCCUUCGUCCCGCGCCCCUCCCACGCCCUCCUGCUCGUAUUCCCCGUCUCAAAAACCUACGAAACAUCCCGCGAAACCGAAGACGCAGCCCUCGCACACUACACAGGCUCUGGCCCCAACGAACCAGUAACAUGGUUCAAGCAAACAAUCCGCAACGCCUGCGGUCUCAUCGGCCUCCUCCACGCUGUCUCCAACGGCGAGUCUAAGAAACAUAUCAUCCCCGGCUCGGAUUUAGAUAUCUUGCUCCGCGACGCGGAGAAAUUAGAGCCCGUCCAGCGUGCCGAUUUGCUUUAUGACUCUAAGGCUUUGGAGAGCGCGCAUGCUGAUGCGGCCAGGCUGGGCGAUACGGCGGCGCCUGAGGCUGCGGAUGAUGUUGAUUUGCAUUUUGUUGCUUUUGUGAAGGGUGUUGAUGGGACGCUUUGGGAGUUGGAUGGGAGACGGAAGGGGCCGCUUGCUAGGGGGGUUCUUGGGGAGGGGGAGGAUGCGCUUAGUGAGACGGCGCUUGGGCUUGGGGUUAGGCGGUUUCUGGAGACCGAGGCUAAAGGGGGAAAUCCGGAUUUGAGGUUUAGUCUUGUUAGUCUUGGGCCCCUUUUUGAUUAG